AUGCCAAGUGUCAGAAAUCUGGGAUUUCCAGAAAGCCUCAAGAAGACCAAGAAAAGGGUCUGGAAUGGGGCAAGUGGCAAAAAGAGCAGGAACAGAGCACUGACAGCUCUGGGGUUUUAUAGGUACGGCCUGUCCAAGGGGGCUAGGUAUAACCCCUUCACAUAGGUGACACAAGCGGGGCAACACUCCAGUCAUGACUAUGGGUCGAAACAGCAUAGGCAAUCUAUAGUCUAGAAAAUAAUUUUAUUAUUUUUUUGGCAGUACAAGUUCCCUUCGAUUGCUGUGAUCUUUGUGCUCCCCUUUUGCUGGUGAAAAAGUAAAAUUUAAUAAAGUUUACUUACCUUGAUUCCAGCACAGACACCAGUCACCUUGGCUGCAGCUGCCUGCUCCACCUUCUUCUUCGGGUGGUGUUUUCCGCAUUGUCAUUGGGGACAAGAUGCACAAGCACAGGUGGAUCAGGUGCAUGGCCUGGUGGGUAUGUGUUGCUUACCUGGCAGCAGGGUGCAUUCUGGAAAGAAGGCAGGCCAGGAGAGGCAGUGUUAUGCUCUGGGCAAUGUUCUGCUGGGAAACCUUGGGUCCUGGCAUUCAUGUGGGUGUUAAUUUGACAUGUGCCACCUACCCAGAGAUUGUUGCAGACCACAUACACCCCUUCAUGGCAAUGGUGUUCCUUGACGGAGGCAACUUACACCCUAAAUGGUAGUGAAUUAGGGAUAACCACACACAAGAAGGAUUUGGGAUUGUUAUAGACAACAAAUUAGGCAGCAAUAUGCAAUGUCAAUCUGCAGUUGCUAAGGUCAGUAAGGUUUUGUUAUGUAUAAAUAGGGGCAUAAAUUCUCGAGAUUAAAAUAUAAUUUUGCCUCUUUAUAAAUCGCUGGUAAGAUCACACCUUGAAUAUGCUGUGCAAUUUUUGGCACCUGUUUUAAAGAAGGAUAUUAUGGCACUAGAAAAAGUGCAGAGACAAGCUCCAAAAUUGAUAAAAGGAAUGGAGCAUUUUAGUUACGACGAAAGGUUAAAAAAUAUAAAGCUCUUUAGUUUGGAAAAACAGCGCCUGAGAGGGGAUAUGAUAACAUUAUACAAAUAUAUUUGGGGCCAUUACAAACCAUUAUCAGGAAAUCUAUUCAUAAACAGGGCAAUACAUAGGACACAAGCUCACGCAUUUAGGCUGGAAGAAAGGAGAUUUCAUCUAAGGCAAAAAAGAGGGUUUUUGAACAAUAAGGACAUGGCUUCUCUGCCUGAAGAGGUGGUUUUAUCAGAGUCCAUACAGAUGUUUAAAAUGAAAUUGGAUAAAUACUUGCAAAACCAUAACAUACAGGGAUAUAAUUUCUAAUUAGUGGGGUAAUAGCUGCUUGAUCCACGAAACCAUCUGACUGCUAUUUUGGGGUCAAUAAGGAAUUUUUUCCUAGUUUGUUGCAAAAUUGGAAGUGCUACAGACUAGGUUUUUUGCCUUCUUUUGGAUCAACAGCAAAACCAUAUGUGAGGAAGGCUGAACUUGAUGGACGCAAGUCUCUUUUCAGCUAUGUAACUAUGUAACUAUGUAAGUGACCUCUUUCAGCAGGUAAAUGCAUCCUGACAAAAAUCGUAAAAUACAGGACAAAAUUUAGAGCAGCACUACUAGGAUAUGCUGUGUGCACAACGAUUUGAUGAUGGACAUACAAAGGUAAAAAACAAAAGUACUGCAAAUGUUUCAGAGUUUAACCCUUCAUAAGUGCAAAUGCCCUUAUGCAAAAAUUGUUCAGAAAUAGUUUGAGGAAAAUGACAAAGAGUUUAUUGCAUUGGCCUCCAGAUCUCCCAGAUAUCAAUUUGAUUGAACAUCUAUGGGAUGUUCAGGAUCCACAAACCCUAUACAUGGUGGCCCCGCCGUGCACCUUGCAAGACUUAAAGGAUCUGCUGCUAAUGUCUCGGUGCCACAGGACAUGUUCAGAGGUCUUGAGGAGUCCAUGCCUCGACGCAUCAGAGCCAUUUUGGAAGCAUGAGGAGAACUACACAAAAUUAGGCAGGUGGUUUUAAUGUUGUGGGUGAUCAGUGUAUAUACAGUUUUUUGAGAUUUGUACUUGCAAGUCUGAGAAAACUCGCCAUCUACUAGUCCAACUGCGCAAAGCAGUUUUUCUCUAUGUCUGGAAUAAUAUGUUUUGUUCCUUGAUAUAUACUUAUAUAUAUAUAUAUUUGAACUUAAAACACUAUUAAUAUUUUUUCUUUUUUUUGACUGAGUAUUACACUUUGUUAGUAUUGAUAUAUCUUAAAACAUUGAUACAUUCAUAGAUAUUCUUUUCUCCAUUAACAAUCUAAAUUUAUUGUUUUUACAAGAUGCAAUGUGUGUGACUUUCCUCUUGUCCCUAUCUGAUUCUCCCAAUCCGGGAGUGUUUCACUUAUUUUAAGAUUAGGCCAUUCCCAUUAGACCUGGAUAAUCAGUUCAUUUACUUAUCUACAUCCUCCUCAGAUUUCCAUGAGUUGAAAACCAUUUCAUUUACAGCUGAGGCAAGCAGCUCCACCCUGAUGUGUGAGUUAAUUCUCAGAUAAUUAUGUUUUUGGUUCUUGGUACUUAUCAAACAGAGCUUAAUUUAUGGGAAAGUGAGGAAAAGUAAGACACUGGUGGCACUGGACAUGCUUGCCCAAAAAAGUGACAAACCGUGGCAAGUGUAACUUAAAGGGACAGUACAGGCCUUCCAGAACACUUCAUCUCCAUAAAGUUGUCUGGGUGCCAUGUCACAUUAGUUUUAACCCUGCAAGUGAAAACAUUGCCAAUUCUGCUGGAACGACAAUGUGUACAUUGCCGAGGUUAAAUGCAUCUAGUGGCUGUCACUCUGACAGCCACUUGCUUAUGACACAAUAGCGGAGUAAAACUCGGCUAUUUCAAUCAGAUGGUCUCACAUUUGAUUGGCGCAGCAAAGCGUUUUCCGCACAUGUCUUCCUCCCAGUGCUUUCCUAUGUAAUCUCUAUGAUCUCAGUCUAGGAGGCAGAGCUUCCCCACGGAGACCGGUACGAUGAGGGCUGAAAAGUAAGUAAAACUUACCCUUCCAGCCCUUACACAGUGGGGGGUAGGGGAAGGGGGGUAUGCAUAUGUUUAAAUAAAAUCUAUAGUGUUAGGAAAAUAUGUUUGUAUUCCUAAUGCUAUUGUGUUCCUUUAAGUAGGGCAUUAGAGAUGCUAUUUUAUCACUGAAAUACUAACAAGGUUAUGAACGAAAGUGCGAAUUCAGAGUGAGUAUAACAUUUAAGGUCAGAGUAGCUAAACUGGCCUUAACAUAACAGCAUAACAGACUUGAUUUUUUUCAAUUUUGGCUAUUUUCCACCUUAAAUUUUAAAUUCACAUUGAAACUAAACUAGGAAAUAAAGAAAACUGAAUCCAAAUGGCAUAAUUUAGGCUAAAAUAAAGAACGGCUUCUGAAAAAAAUUCUCCAAAUCGGCUCUACUCACAGCUUGAUUAUUAAAUAUUUUUAUAAUUCAUAGUUUGGUUAAUAACCCUGUUUGAAUUUAGUUUGAAUUUCUGUAGACGUCAACUUUAGUGAACAACCUUGAUAGUACUGUUUUAUAUUUCGACUGGUCUGUCAUGGAGGUUGCUCUUAACUAAUUAAAAUCUGCUAUGCAUGCUGGGAGUUGUAGUCUACAGCAGAUUGAGAGGCUCUUUAUUUUCCAUUGAAUCAUAUCAGUGACUAAAAUAAGGCCUAGCACUAGGCUCAUUGCUUGGGUGAAGUACAUCUACCAUGAUCAUUCUGUCAUAAAACACUACAUUUAUUGGAAGAUAUCAGCCUUUACAGGUUUUUCAGCAAGACACAAUAUUUAGCUAGUGAAUUAGAGAACACAUAUGAGACAGUGUUGGCAAAGGUAGGCCCCCCAAAACUCAAGACUACUGGGUGGACACAUGUGUGGGGGGGAGGGGGCACAUUGCAUUAAAAAAGUAAGAUGCAAACAUUUCAACUAGAAUGUGAACCUCAAAAAUACAGAUCUGACUGGCCAAUUAUGCAAGGACACAUCAAGUAUAGAGAAGCAAGGGACGGGUGUGUCCCCUACAUACUUUCACUAAGUAAAUACUAGCAAGCUAGGAGAAAAGGUAAGGUGUGAUCAGGGGGCUGGUCCCUGCGUGCACUGAGCCUUGGGCUGGGUCAGUCUGAUUGAAGGGAUCAGGACAUCCUGGUUUUAAGGCUGACGUUGAUUUCAGACAUGGGCUUGGUAUAAAUAGGUGCUCACCUGCUGCUUGUAGCACACAUCAUCUUAGAGCUCUCCUACCACUGCCAGAGACAGCAAUACAGCUAUCAGGUAUGUAAAGAGCAUCCAACCAGCAAGUGCAGGGAUGCAGCUACUAUUAGAAUGUAACAAGCUAGAGCCAGAGGCAACUCAGGUGUCAGAAUCUGGGGACUGAACAGGUAACAGGUGAUUCUAUUCCCUUAACCCUGGACAGUUCCAGUGAGUGAGCUAAGGAGAGGGUCACAGAGAACUCACAGAUUUAGAACAUAGGUUUGAAUGGUAUCUGACAUUAACACUGUAUCAACAGAUUUGAAUUUAAAUAUAGACAUGAGUAAUGAAGUUCAAAAAGUAAAAGUAAUGAAGUGUUAUGUUUUGGAAAUCAUUCUUUAGUGUUUUGCCUGUUUUAUUCUUUAAGUUAACAUUCCAUGAGAUAGUUUUAAAUCCCCAUAUCUUUAUCUGUUGGAUCAUAUUUGUUUUGGUUGAAAAGAAUACUUAAGUGAUCUGUCAUCACCUGUAAACCAAUACUAUUGAAUAUACUUGGUUCUGUUGAGCCAUGCAUCAGUUGUAUAACUAGCAAAAAUUGUUGGAUGCAUUUUGAAGGUUUGUGAACUUAAAUCAAAGAAAGUUACUCUUAGACUUUAGAAAUGUUCUAGAGAUAGUGUUAGAUUUUCACUUUGAUGCAGGAAAAGCUUUCCUAAGUCUUCUUCUAUGUGUCCACCAUACUGAUGAUGGUAUGGAAUAAUGUAUUUUUUGUAAUUUAUUUUUUUGCAGGUAUCAUGCGGUCGACAUUGUCCCUCUGCUGCCUGGCUCUUCUGUGCUUUGCCUUGGCAGAAGGUGCCCUCAGAAAACCAAAGAAGACAGCGCCAGCCCCUGAUGCCACUGCCAAUGCCACCCCCAAAGCUGAGCCUGAGGAGUCCGGUACCCCUGUAACAGUCCCCAAGACCCUGUCCCGAGGUAAGUCUCUGCUGAGAGAGGCACAGUGCUGACAGUAGCUGCUCUUACUGCUCUGGAUAAUUCGCUAUGGCCUGUUACUCACAUAUUGUUGUUAUUUACUAGAGUGUGACGUGUUAUGAAUUCAAAGUAAAAUCUAAAGUUUAGAAUUCAAUAGCUGAAAUGGGAAAAAAUUGAUUUCCAAGCCAGCUAUGUUAUAAUUCAUCUAUCGAUGCCUAAAAUUUCAAAUUUACUGACAAUUCGCACUUUAGUGAAAAAUCCAGCUAGUAUUAUUUGUAAAAAUCCAAAAUAUUCAGCCGUGUGGUACAGCGAGGAAAAGCUUGAGUUUAAAUAAUUUCUUACUGAAUCUGCUAAAGUAAACAGAGAUCUGAGAAAUGACAGUACAUCUAUUUAUAAGAUGAUCGAGGCAAUAAUGUACAGCAGCAUAGAUUGACUUAAAGGAACACUCCAAGCACUAUAACCACUUUGGCACCACAACCACUGCAGCCAAAAGCUCCUUCUUUGGAGCUUCCGGCUCUCUACCUGAGAUAGCGAAUAAAGGGAGCAGACUGCAAUAAGAAGUCAAAUCAUUCUAAAAUGAGGGGAUGCCAGGGCACUCCUAAAUCUGUCACCACUGUAAUGGAGUUCUAGUGCAACUAUAUCUUGGCAUAUUCUUAGUGCCACAAUUACUGUGGAAAAAAAUAAAAAAUAAACACCAUUUUAAUGACAAGCAUUUAUUUUUACAAAAUGAUGACAUUAAUUGAUUGUGCAACCUAUUCACAUUGAAUGUAUGUUGCCAUUCAUCUAACAUUUAAUAAGAAAAAAUAUGUAAUGAAUACAUUAAUAAAUAUAUAAAUGAAUAAGGAAACAUUUUCACCCAAUGCUGUCCCCUGUUUGAGUGAUGAGUAAAAAUGACACAUGGGCAUUGUUUGCUUGGCUGAAGUAUUUGAUUCAGAUUUGUAACUUAGAUAUCCUGCUGACAAUAACACAUAACAUGUUGUUCUACCAGUUGAAUUUCUUUGAAUGUGUGAAUAUUCUUACCUCUUCUUCCUGCAGGAUGGGGUGAUUCCAUCAACUGGGUGCAGACCUACGAAGAGGCUCUUGCCAAGUCCAGAGGAACGUAAGUAAUUGUUAUAUGGGAAAUCCAGUAUGUAGAAUAGUAAGUGUACUACAAUGUGGGACCAUUAAGAUUAUGGUAAAACUAUCCUUAACAAAGUACUCGAAAACGAGAGAAAAUAUCGAUGUAUAAUCCCUGGUUAAAAAAAAACAAUUUUUUUUUUUUUUAACCAGUUUAUUUUUUGGCUAUUUAAUCCAUCAAAUAACAUCUUUUAUUUUUUUAUGAUCCGUCAUGUUAACCUCUACAUGUCUAGGCUUUCAGCAAGCAUGUAUUUACUGACUCAUCACGUUAAAUUUGGCUUUUGAUUUUCAGAAAGAAACCCUUGAUGGUAAUUCACCAUUUAGAAGAUUGCCCUUACAGCCAAGGUGAGUGAUGUAUCCAGACUAAAAUAUUUUGACACAGUAAACCCUUAUUGUGGCUCAGAUACUCACUGUUUCUUAACUUUCCCUCGGUUAGCUGUAUUAAAUUUGUAUGGAAAUGCCCUGUAACAAAAGAAAAUUAAGAUGUGGUUUUGUAGUUGUUAUUGCUUAUAGCAGGGGUCCUCAAACUCCGUCCCCCCAGAUGUUGCUAAACUACAACUCCCGUGAUUCUCUGGCUAGCUAUGUAAUUCAAAGAAUCAUGGGAAUUGUAGUUCAGCAACAUCUGGGGAGCCGGAGUUUGAGGACCCCUGGCUUAUAGCAUACUAUAAAUACCAGUGAAGCCUUUUGUCAAAUGUAAUAACAAGGAUAGGUACCAUGUAUACAACCUAUACAAUAGUACAACUUAAAUUUGUGCAUCGUAGAAGCUCUGAUAACUCCAGCCUCUAUCAGUAAAUGUGUUAGAAAAUAAAGUUUUCCAGCUUAUUGUCUAGCGAUGUAAAGAUCAUGGUAUAAAUAAUACAAGACAUAUACCUAGCAAUAAACAAUUUGUUUAAUUAUUGAGGUUUAAGUCUGCAAUAUAUUGUUAAUAUUAUUACAAGUACAAGUAAGCAGCAUUGUUAAUGGUAUAAUGGAAGGGAGGGAGAGGUGUAUAUGUUUAUUCAAUUAUUUUUUUCUGCGGUAUGUAAAAGGAAGUAGGAUAUAAUAAGUAUUUUUUUUCUUCUUGUGUACAGCUCUGAAGGAGGCAUUUUCUGCAGAUCCCAUGGCACAGAAACUGGCUCAGGAGGAUUUCGUAAUGUUGAAUGUUGUGGUAAGAUUCUAAUCUCUAAAUUGUCAUCUGUAUUGGAAUGUAGAACAAACUGAACAAUACUAUCUGCUACUCUAUGACGAUCACAUUAAGACUCCACACUGUGUCCUAUCUUAAAACAAAUGGUAAAUCAAUAGGUAAUGAUCCAGACUGCUAACAUUCCGUAUUAGAACCUGUCCCACAAACAACCGGUGUAAGCAGGAUAGAGAGUGUCCUACCCUCCACUCUAUGCCGAAUGGACAUCCAUAUCAACCAGCAUGGAUAGAGAAUGACAGAGACAGGAAUUAGAAUUUUACAUUUAGCAUUUUUAGCUCUCUGUUCAUUUUGUAACUGUGUCUACUUUUUAUUGCAGCAUCCUGUAGCUGAUGAUAACCAGUCUCCAGAUGGACACUAUGUUCCUAGGAUUAUAUUUGUCGGUAAGUUGCUGAUGGAAAGUUUGCUUUGCAAGGCGUGUAAAGAUUGGAAAAAAACUGCAGAUAGAAAAUAGUUACAUUGACAUGAACACACAUCUAAAACAUUAACUGGAAAAACUUUUUUUUUUUUUUUUUUUUAUUCAUUUUAUUUUACACAGACCCAAAUGAUAUACAUACCAUUAGAUUAAUCCUUUAGUUGGAAAAUUAGCUUGGAGGCUCAUUCUACAUUCUAUGUAAUACUAAAACAAAUGUUUGACUCUUCCCAUUGUUAAACUGAAAAAAAAAAAAAACACAAAAAAGUACCUAAAGUUUCAUCUCGAUGUAUGGUGUUUUUUUGUUUUUGUUUUCUUUUUUCUUACAGUCGCAUGUUCUCAAUCUAACAUUACUGUAUAAUAUAUAACAAGCUAUUACUGGAAACCAAUAGGUGUAUAGGCGCUUUUAGGUAUCACACAGUGGGUUAACGUGCAAUUAAGGUGUUUUCCCUUUCACCUUAAGACAUAAAUAAACAAAUAGAAGUAAAACCACUAUUAAUAUGCACAGCACCCUGUGUUAGAGUGGAAGGAAAAAAUAAUUUUUACAUAUACUUUACAGUAUCAGGCAAUAUUCAAUGGUACAGGAAUACUGUUUCUAAAAAGAAAUAGAUAAAAAGAAAAAAUACAUAUAGUGUAAUCUAUUUCAGUACAAUGAGUGGAUGUAUGGUUAAACGCACAAGUAUGGAGCCAUGCCUAACCUUUUGUCUUUUUAAUUUUGCACACAGACCCAUCAAUGACCGUCAGAACAGACCUUGCCGGUAGAUAUGGAAACAGACUCUACGCUUAUGAAGCUGGUGAUAUUCCUGAAUGUGAGUAUUAUGAAUAUGGAACAUAACUAACAUAUUAUAUUUAUUGACAGCCAUACUUAAAUGUAAAUUGUAAACAUUAAUAAAGCUAUAGCUGAGAUGUAACUAUAGUCAACUAUAGAUGUAAAAUAGUCAACUUGCCAUUUUAGAGCAGUGAUGGCUAAUCUUUGCAUUCCAAUGUCUUUAAAUUACAUUUCCUAUUUAAAGUUGUGUGUACAUUAUGGGAACUGUAGUGUGAAGUUAUCGUGGUUUCAGAAUGUAAAUUAACAUUCAAAAAACUGAUGGUGACUUUUGUGACUAUAUUGCCCAGCUGUUCUUAAUCCCCCUCAAUGUAAAUUACUGUAUGAUAUGUAUCCCUUUGUUUACGCCAGGGAAAGGCAACCUUCAGCACUCCAGAUGUUGUGGACUACAUCCCCCAUAAUGCUCUUACACCCAUAAUGCUGGCAAAGCAUCAUGGUAGGUGUAGUCCAAAACAUCUGGAGUGCCGAAGGUUGCCUAUGCCUGGUAUACGCCAUAUAUUCUAUUGCAUGGACUUCCUAUAAUGCAUUUUCUUUGUAUACUUUUUUUCCACAGUGGUCACAAAUAUGAAGAAAGCUAAAAUCCUUCUGCACACUGAGCUGUGA